AUGUUUGAACCGUUCAUUGCUUCAUCCCUCACGGCGCGCGUGGUGCGGUUCCAGCUGGAGCGCGCCCAGGAGGCGCUGCAGCGCCAGCUGCUGCAUGCAGAGGGCGGCAUCGGCGUGCUGGAGGCACGGCUGGCGGAUGCGCAAUCGGACUCUGAGGCGCUCCGGCAGCGCAUUGCGCUGGAGCAGGCACGGGUGGGGGAGCUGGAAGGGCUGCUGGCCAUCUCUCGGGCCGACCAGUACAAGCGGGACGCUGUGGCCGCGGAGUCGGGGCCCGACCGUCAGCUGGCGUCGCUGCAGGAGCAGAAGCGGCUGCUGGAGGAGCAGGUGGCCACGUUGCAGCGCCAGGUGGACGGGCUGGUGCAGCGGCGGGAGGCACAAGACGUGGAGCUGGGCCAGCUGCGCUCCCGGCUGGCGGCAGAGUUUGAGGUGGGGGCCAGCCGCGGCAACCACGCCGCGCAGCAGCGGGGCGAGGCGCUGGCGCAGGAGCUGGGAGAGGCGCGGCAGCAGUGCACGCAGCUGGCUGGGGAGGCGGAGGUGGCGCGGGCAGAGGCUGCGCGGCUGGCGGGGGCGCUGGACGGCGCGCAGGCGGCGCUGCAGGCGGCGCAGCGGGAGCUGGAGGAAGUGAAGGGGCUGCUGGUGCUGCAGGAGGCGGCUGGUGGCAGUGAUGCUGGCGCUGAUGGCACAGGAGCCGGUGCCACGUCUGCCAGGCUGGCGCAGCUGGAGCAGCACAACCGCCAGCUGGCAGUGCAGCUGCAGACGCUGCAGGGGGAGGCUGGCAGGCACGCGGCGUCGGCGGCGGGUGUGUGGGGUGAGGUGCAGGAGCUGCAGCAGGAGAAUGAGCGCCUGCUGGACCUGCUGGGUCACAUGGACUCUGAGCGUGCCAGGCUGGCACGUGAGCGGCAGGAGCUGCUGGGAGAGCUGGUGUGCUUGCGAGCCACCGCACCCGACCCCGACCCCGGGCCCAGCAGCGCCGGCGACAGCGCCGGCAGCGGAGAUGGCAGCAGCACCUCCCAGCAGCAGCAGCAGCAGCAGCAGCGGGUAGAGGAGCUGGAGCGGCGGUGGCGGCAGCUGGAGGCGGAGCUGCAGGCGGAGCGCCAGCGGCGCCAGCAGGCUGAGCUGGACUUUCAGGAGCUGCUCACAAACAUGGACCUGCUGCACGGCUCGCCCUCGCCCCCCAGCACCGCAGGCAGCCCGCCGCCGGCAGCGGCGUGCGCUGGGGGCAGCGCCGGCAGCGGCAGCGGCCUUGCCGGCCAGCAGCAGCAGCAGAUGCGGCCGCAGGCGGCGCAGCUGCAGGCGGCCGUCAGCUCGCUGCAGCACAUUGCCCAGGGCCUGAGCAGCAUCAGCGGAGAGGGCAGCGAGCGCCUGGGGCUGGGGCUGCGGUGCUAG